UUUUAAAUUAAACCACCCACCACCUCGAAGCAGCAGCACUCAGCAGAGCCGCGCUGAGGUGAAGAGCGGCACCAGGCCGAAAUGGCGGCGGCUGCACGCCCCCGCUCAAGUCCUUCCCAAACGGCCCGAAAACAUCGUGUUUGUCGGAAAGCGGGCUUGGUUCAUGAUAUUUUGCUUUAAAGAGCAGCAAAGGAGCAGCUCUGCGGCGGCGGGGUGACCUGCGAGGAGGCGGGGACGCGCCUGUCAGCCCGCCCUGAGGCGGCGGGAACGCGCCUCAGCCCACCCUGUGGCGCGCUGAGCCCGCUGUGUCGCGACAUGGGGGACGACUUGGCGUCGGAAGGCGACACCCUGCUUCAGUCAGAGAAGGAGUUCCAUGAUGCAGCGAAGCGAAAUGAUACAGCCAGGAUGGAGGAACUCAUCAGGAGAGGAGUUGACAUCAAAGCCAAAAACAAUACGGACCGGACUGCCCUGCACUGGGCUGCGGGAGCAGGGAACGUGGAUGCUGUGCGACUGCUCCUGGAUCACGAUGUCCCUGUGGAUGACGAAGACAGUGUACAAAGGCGACCCUUGCAUUUUGGAAUGAAUGCUCUUCUCCUGUCUGCCUGGUUUGGUCACCUCCAAGUCCUGCAUAUCCUCAUCAGUGCUGGGGCCAAGAUUAGCUGUGUCAAUAGGCAUGGCAUGAACUUGCUCCACUGUGCAGCUCAGAGGGGACACAUCCAGGUCAUGGAGUUCAUCAUACAGGACUUGGAGGAUGUGUGUGUGGAUGAGACAGACAAGAUGGACAGGACAGCGUUUCACCUGGCCGCAGAGUACGGGCAGCUGGAGGUGGUGGAGUUCCUCAUUCAGCUGGGUUGUUCUCACAGUGCCAAAGACAAGGAAGAAAAUACAGCAUUGCAUUUAGCUGCUAAAAAUGGACACUUCUCUGUGCUGGAGAAGAUUAUAGAUGUUGGAGUGGACCUUGAUGAAAAAAACUUGGAGGGACUCACGGCUCUGCACCUGGCUGCUGAGGGGGGACACAGCCACUGUGUGAAGCUGCUCGUGGAAGCAGGUGCUGAUGUCAAUGCCCAAACCCAGAAAAAGAUGAGCUGCCUUCAUUAUGCAGCACUUCAUGGCUAUGAGGAGAUAGCCAGGCUCCUCCUGGACGCAGGAAUCCACGCGGAUGCUCUCAAUCAUCAAAAUGCAUCAGCAACACAUAUCGCAGUCCUGCAGAACUUCCCAGCCAUGGUGAAGCUCUUCAUCAGUGCAGAGUGUGACCUUGACAUUCCAGAUAAUAGGCAGCAGACCUCACUCCACAUUGCGGCGGAGCACGGCAGGCAGGACAUUGCUGAGAUGAUUCUCAUUGCAGGAGUUAAUCUGAAGCUAACAGACAAGCAAGGGAAAACAUCUCUGGAUGUCGCUGCCCGAGGCAAUCACAUCAACUUGGUGGACAUGAUUAUCAAAGCCGAUCGAUUUUACAAAUGGGAGAAGGGGAACCUGAACAGCGACUCCAGCUCGUGGGUGGCAAAGCACUUGACCUUUAAGCAGGAUCACAGGCUAGAAACACAGCACAUUCGCUCAGUCAUGUGGAGAUUAGCCACUAAGUACCUCAAACCUGGGGAAUGGAAGAAGCUGGCACAUUACUGGAAAUUCACAGAUGACCACAUUAGGGCCAUUGAGCAACAAUGGACAGGCGCUAAAAGCUACAGGGAACACGGCCACAGAAUGCUGCUGAUCUGGCUCCAUGGUGUGAUCACUGCAGGAGAAAAUCCAAUCAAGGGACUGUAUGAAGGCCUGGUGGGGAUCGGGAGAAGAGAUUUAGCAGAAAGUAUCCGGAAAAAAGCAAACGCAGACUCCACCUCUCCACGGAAGUGCACAGCAAUGUAACACCAGGAGCAUCCUCAGUGGGUCUCAGCUACAGGAGAAACACUUCUCUGCUGCUGAGAGAAGGCAGAUGCAACCUAAGGGCUUCUUGUCACAUAGAGCUGGCACUGCUGCAGCCUUCUGGACAGGAAAUGACAAGGGUAAAACAAAUGCUCAUGGUCAAAAAUGGCUCUACACAGAAGGGAGAUCUUUAUCAGCAAUUUCUUACGGUCUGGGUACUGUAAUGAGAAUUUGGUGAGUGAGCCUCACUUGUCGUACUGCAUCAGGAAAUAUUAGAGCUUUACUGUAACUUGUCUACAGCACAUUUUUAUAUAUAAAUUUUUACUUGUCAACUUUUUAAGUUAAUGUGGGCAAAGCCUUUGUUUUCAGGAAUGUUCUUUACUGAACCUGAUCUGUGGGGGGUAUCUGUCACUCAUGUCUUAGGGUGUGUCCAUAAAUUCCCACCAUAAGAGGAGAACUUAAGCAAAAUCAAAGCUACAAUUUGGUCCUUUUAGAACCUUAGGGGUUGUGAUCUUCAAUGCUUUAACUCUUCACAAAAAGUUUGAGAAGAACAUUAACACAUACCAUUAAUAAAUGUACAUUAAUGUGUACUGUAUAUAAAUCAAAUAGGUGACUCUAACCUUUUCAAACCAUCUUUUCAAGAGAUUAGUUAUCUACACAGUCUCUCACAAAGAUGAUUUCUUUACAUACCAAUUUGUCAUGAAAUCCUUCGUAUUUUUUUUUUACAGCAUCUCAUGGGGAAAAUAAUGUAUUUCAAUAAAUCUGGAUUUUACACUUUAAAGUUA